AUGCCUGUGCGGAAUGUUGCCAGUUCUCUGGCAAAUUUCCGCGCAGGCAUGUGCGCAGCGAUGAGGCCUGGCAGGCAGUUGACCCUUGCAGCGCUCUUGAGAUUUGGUUUUGCAAUGGGAACCAGCCCUGUGAACUCAGACCAUGAAAACAAGGAGCGCCGCGUCUCCGCCCGGCAUGCUGGGCGGUCUGGCUUGCGAGAGGGUGCGUGGCUGCAGACAGCCGCUGGCCUCAGGCCACACGCCGACACGGAUCCUUUAGAAGGGCUCCAGACCUCGCGCCAUGGGUCAUGCGUCGCCGUGUAA